GAGCGCUCGGCGAUUGCUUCUGUCUGUUGUUGAUGUAUGGCGCCCGAGAGGAAGCAAACGGGAAGCCGGAACCGGGGUCGGGGUCUCGCUCGGUGCUAACCGCCAACCCGGGCUGAGUGGGCUAUGGGGGAGCCUGGCUCCUUGGUCACCGGAGACCGCGCCCGUGGCCGGAGCUGGUGCUUGCGGCGAGUGGGGAUGAACGCCGAAUGGCUGCUGCUGGAGGACGGGCGCGAGGUGACUGUAGGACGAGGAUUUGGUGUCACAUACCAACUGGUUUCAAAAACCUGCCCUCUGAUGAUUUCUCGAAACCACUGUGUUUUGAAGCAGAAUCCUGAGGGCCAGUGGACAAUUAUAGACAACAAGAGUCUGAAUGGUGUUUGGCUGAACAGAGAGCGUCUGGAACCUUUAAAGGUCUAUUCCAUCCAUAAAGGAGACCACAUUCAGCUUGGGGUGCCUCUGGAAAAUAAGGAGAAUGCGGAGUAUGAAUAUGAAGUUACUGAAGAAGAGUGGGAGAAGAUGUACCCCCAUCUUGCACCAAAGAGCGACCAGAUGAUGGGAAAAAAUAAGGACUGGAGAAGUAAAAGGAAAUUUAGUUUGGAUGAAUUAGAGGGUCCUGGAGCUGAAGGCCCCUCAAAUUUGAAAUCCAAAAUAAGUAGAGUGUCUUGUGAACUGGGUCAGCCAAUAAAGUCACAUGAGAAAGAUGAAGUGCCCAGUCAACCAUCUGAAUAUGUGGAUUCUAAAUUGACUUCUUUUGAGCCAAGUGGGAAGAUCACAGGGGCUCAUAUUUACCCCGGCCCCCCCAAAGUUGUAGAGCUUGAUAAUAAGAAGCAGAAAGCCUCAAACCCUUCAGCAUCUCAGAGCAGCUUAUUGCUGUUUAAGGAGACCAUGUCCAGGAUUCUGAAGCUGAAAACACUGAUGCAGGAAAAAAGGGUAGCUGUUCUGAAUGUGAAAAAGCAGACCCAAAAAGGGAACUCAAAGAAAAUUGUGAAAAUGGAGCAGGAACUGCAGGAUUUACAGUCCCAGCUAUAUGUGGAGCAAGCUCAGCAGCAGGCAAGAGUGGAGCUACUAGAGAAGACUUUCCAGGAAGAGCAACAGCAUCUCCAGGGUUUGAAGAAAGAGCAAGGAGAAGAGGACCUGAAGCAACAGCUGGCUCAGGCUCUGCAGGAGCAUCGUGCUCUAAUGGAAGAGCUAAAUCGCAGCAAGACGAACUUUGAAGCAAUCAUUCAAGCCAAGAAUAAAGAAUUGGAGCAGACCAAGGAAGAGAAGGAAAAGGUGCAAGCACAGAAGGAGGAAGUUCUUAGCCACAUGAAUGACGUGCUAGAGAAUGAGCUCCAAUGUAUUAUUUGCUCAGAAUACUUCAUUGAGGCUGUCACCUUGAACUGUGCCCACAGUUUCUGCUCCUUCUGUAUCAAUGAAUGGAUGAAGCGGAAGAUAGAAUGCCCCAUUUGUCGGAAGGACAUAAAGUCCAAAACCCACUCCCUGGUUCUGGACAAUUGUAUUAAUAAGAUGGUAGAUAAUCUGAGCUCGGAAGUGAAAGAAAGACGUAUUAUCCUCAUUAGGGAACGAAAAGCAAAGAGACUGUUCUGAAGACCAUUCUCUAAGGGCAAUUGAAAGACUGCCGGGCAGUGGGAGCCUGGGAUGAUCUAAAGGAUUCUCUCUGGACACAACUUGUCCACUCUGCAGGUCAUCUGAAGCCAUGAGGGACAGAGACUGGGUUAGGAAGUCCCUUAUACUCACCUCUGUGUCCUGGUGUCAUUAUUGUCUGAAGCACCACCAGGACUCAUGGCACUGACUGCUUCAAGGUCUUAAUAGACUGUGCACCUCUACAUGUGUUAUUUGAGUUAUAUUUUGUUUUUUUAAAUUUGUUGUUGUUGUUAUUGUUUUGAUACCUCAGAAGCACCUGUGUUGACAUUUGUUUUGGACAGUUUGGAUGUACCCCACAGCUGCCCCUGAAGGAAGCCUCUAUUUUGAGAAGGUGGCUUACUUCUUUGUGAAAACAAGAUGUCAUUUCCUGGAAAUAAAAAUGUAAAAACUAUC